UUGGGGACUGCUGGGUCACCCCAGGACCUUCUGCUUCCAGCCAGCCCCAGUGGAGCCUUCUGGUGAAUGGAUGCCCAAACACAGGGGACAAUUAUUUGACCAACUUGGUGACUGUGGACAGCACAUCUGGCAUAGCCUACCCAAGUCAUUACAAGAGAUUUGUGUUUGAGAUGUUUGCUUUCGUGGAUCCAGUUACUCAGCAAGCCUUGGCUGAAAAGAUCUUCAUCUACUGUGUUGCUGCUGCCUGUUAUCCCUCUGCCGCAGACCCCUGUACUCGGAGCUGCCCUGCACGAAGAUCUGGCAGAGCUGCAGACAAGUUGGCACAAAUUGCUUCAUCCAGGAAGAAUGUGCUCCUUCACAGUGGUCCUGUGGUCUUUGGGGCUGACCAGGUGACAACCUCCAGGUUGGAGCAGGAAGCCUCUCUUCCCACUGGAUUCCUGGUGCUGGGAGCUGCAGCUGCCAUGUUGAUGGUGGUCCUGGUUUUGGCUGUAGUAGCUCUGAGGAGGUUGAACAGGCACAAUGUGAAUCUGAAAUUUUAAUAAAGGCUCUUCAUGAAUGGUUGGAA